AUGGAUAUGUACGCAACCUUUGUGGGUUUCUUCCAGGAAGGAGGCCCGUUCAUGUAUCCCAUCGCCGUGGUAUUAGCCAUUGGUGUGGCGAUAGCACUUGAACGAUAUUUUUAUCUUGCGCAGCAGAUGCGGAUUAAUCGUAAAGAUUACAACGCGUUACUGCCGUUGUUAAAGCAGCGUCGUGUUCGUGAAAUUGUUGACCUGACCAAAAAGUCCAAGUCGCCAAUGGCUCGAAUAGUUGCAGAUGGUGUUAACAAACAGAGCACGUCAAACGAUUUGCGACGUCGUCAGGAUAUCGAAUCGGCGAUGGAAGAAGGUCUGUUGGAAGCGCUGCCGAAUAUUGAGCGUCGGACACCGUACCUCGCAACGUUUGCAAACAUUGCAACACUGCUUGGCCUGCUCGGUACGAUUAUUGGUCUUAUUGCUGCGUUUACCGCGGUUGCCAAUGCUGACCCGGCCGAAAAAGCAACGCUCCUGUCACAGAGUAUUUCGAUUGCGAUGAAUACCACCGCGUUUGGUUUGAUGGCGGCUAUCCCACUGCUGUUGAUUCACUCCAUGCUGCAGAGCAAGACCAGCGCGAUUGUUGAGUCGUUAGAGAUUGCGGUAGUGAAGUUCGUGAAUCUGCUGGAAGGCCAUGCCGAUGCAGCAGCUAAAGUCACUGGCAAAGUAGGAUAUUCCAAAGUGAGCAUGGAUCGCGUUCGUCUCAGACGACUUAAACAUACUGAAGCUGCUGACCUGGAUGUCACGCCGUUCAUGAAUCUCAUGAUCGUGCUGGUACCGGUACUGCUGCUGUCGAUGGUGUUUACCCAUACCACGGUCAUCGACCUGAAUUUCCCCACUGGCCAAGCUGCAUCUGGUGAGUUUGAUCCUGAGGCGGUACAUCUGGAAGUGGCCGUUUAUGCGGAUCGUCUGGUGGUGGCCGAUGGUCGAGGUGGGGUUAUCAAACAGGUGCCGGCAGUUGACGGUGAACAUAACUUCGCAGAACUGUCUCUGGUUAUGCAGGAGCUCAAGCGCCGCAUGCCGGAAAAAGAAGACAUAACGGUUCUGCUGCAGGAAGACACCAGCUAUCAGACUUUGGUCUCGGUGAUGGACAAGGUGCGUUCGCGAACAGUCCGUUGCUGUCGCAGCGAAGCCAUCCACAGGAGAUCAGUCGUGAGUGGCCAUACCCAGCGCCGACGAUCGCGGCAAAGCAGAAAAGGCAAAACAGCGGGUCUGAAUCUGGUCUCGCUGAUGGAUAUCUUCACGAUUCUGGUUUUCUUCCUGAUGGUGAACUCUUCAGAAGUGGAAGUGCUGCAGACCAGUUCCAAAAUCAAACUGCCGGAUUCUUCUUCGGAAAAACAACCGAAGAAUCAGCUGAUGAUUUCUGUAGAUGAAGAAGAUCUGGUAGUGCAAGGGCGGUCUGUGGCGAAAGUGGCUGACCUUUUUGGUACCGAAGAUCUGAUGAUUGCGGGUCUGCAGUCGGAGCUUGAGUAUCAGGCGACCCGACGCGGUGAAAUUCCGGAAGGCGGUUUCGAAAUUACUGUCAUAGGGAGCAGCGUCAUGAGCACAAUGAUGGCUAAAGUGCAUGACUUUGAUCUGCCCUGGGAUAACCAGCGAUCAGACCGCAAGGUACUGAAAUCCUGGAUGGUGAUCUGUCUUGGUGUAUUGCUGGUGGUUGGCCUGCCGAUGCCCUUUCUGACGCUACCUGAAGUGGAGCGGGAAGAACUGGAAGCGUUGCCUCCCCAAUUGGCGCGGAUUGUUAUGGAACAACCGAAACCUAAGCCGCCACCACCGCCGCCGCCAAAAGAAGUUGAAGAAGUUAAGCCUGAGGUGCCUAAAGAGGUUGCUAAAGAAGAGGUUGUGAAACCAAAGGUGGAGCCUAAAGUAGCUGAUGCGAAGGAAAAGGCAUCCGUAUCGGGCUUGCUGGCGUUCAAAGAUGCGUUUGCAGACAUGCGCGAAGCUGUUGAUGUUGACAAGUUACAAGACACAGCCUCCAUCCAAAGAGGCUCUGGUGAGGCCGCAACCAUAGACCGCAACCUGCUGACCUCCAAACACAGUACUCGAAGUUCUGGUGUUAACGUGGCUGCCCUGUCUCGUGAAACCGGCGGCGUAGCUCUGUCUGGUCGGCAAACCACUAAGGUCGAUGCGCCUGAGAACGUUGCCGGCACUGGCGGCGUCCGUAAGCAGCAGGUGGCUGACCCUCGCAGUCGCAGCAUCGAAGAGAUCCGGCGUGUUUUUGAUACCAACAAAGGUGCGAUCUUUGCUAUUUACAAUAGAACCCUGCGUUCCAAUCCGGCACUCCAGGGUGAAGUGGUUCUGGAACUGGUCAUUGACCCCAACGGCGCUGUCAUUGAAUGUAAGGUGGUGGCAUCUGAGAUUGCGGAUCAAUUGAUGAUCGACAAAAUUGUCAAUCGCAUCCGUCUGUUCAAUUUUGGUGAGCGUGACGUGAAACGCACAACCAUCCGUUAUCCGGCGCUGGCGUCAGCCACGGCUUUUCCGCUGCUGCACAAUCAUCUGUCCAUCGAGUUAGCGCUGAAGUUUUUUGACUUUGGCGCGCCCGGUUUCGACAACCUCAACAACACCCUCAAAGACUCAAUCGUGCAGGCUGUGGCAAACAGUGAUCACGCGGGUCUAAUCAUGACUGCGGUUUGGGCUUUUGAUCUUGAAGCAGAUACCGCAGCCGUUGCAAGGUUGGUUAAGAACUGGCACGAAGCCACCGAAGGUAAGGUGGUGGUGGUUGAGUUGUGUGCAGACGAGGCAGUAAAGAAAGCCCGCAAUACAGCCUGUCGCCCGAGGUGGUGGCGAAGCGAAUAA